AUGGCUCAGCGAGGGCGGAGCCGCAGGCAGGGCCACGCCCUGAGAGGGCGGAGCCUGGAGCAAGGUGGAGCUGGGAGCCAGAGUAGCGGGAAGAACAAGAAGCGACUGGAGCCCCGCCUGGGGCGGAGCCACGAGCUGAAAAGGAUCCGGCCACUCAGGCCCCGAGAGGUGGGGCCUCACGGCCAGGGGGCGGAGUCGAGGGCUGAGAGAGACAGUUAUCCAGCCCUGAAGCGAGACGUAGUAGGAGGCCGAGCAGGCUCGAGGGCGGGGCUCUCCGCCGAAGGGCGGGGCCGAGCCCGGAAGGUGGCGUCGGCGUCUGGGAACCGCCGGGUGCGCUGGCCGCCUUGCCUGGGCCGUGUCGCGGUGGUAGUGGAUCAAGGCUCCGGCUUCACCAAGGCAGGCUUCGCGGGCGAAGACCAGCCGCGCAUAGUCCUGAAGAGCUCGAGCCUGGUCCCCAGCUGGGAUCGGCCGGGCUGCGAGCUGGCUGGCGGCGUGGCGCGAGCGCACCCCAUCAAGCACGGCGUGGUGGUGGACUGGGAGGCGCUGGAGGGGCUGUGGGAACGCCUGCUGGUGGGUGGCCUGCGGGUGUGCCCAGAUCAGUGGCCCGUGCUGGUGAGCGACUCGCCGUCGGCGCCGCCUCAGGGCCGAGAGAAGGUGGUCGAGCUGCUGUUCGAGGCCUUGGCGGUGCCCGCGUGUCACCUGGCCAGCACCGCGUUGCUGGCGCUCUGCUCCACCGGCGCACUCAGCGGGCUGGCAGUGGAGGCGGGCGCCGGCGUGUGCCACGCCACGCCCAUCUACGCGGGUCACUCGUGGCACAAGGCUACCUUCCGACUGGACGUGGCAGGCAGCACCCUGUCGCGCUAUUUGCGAGAGUUGCUGGUGGCAGCCUGCUCUGACCUUGGAUUGCAGGCCCUGCCUCGCAAGGCCAUUACACAGCUCAAGAAGCGCAGCUGCUAUGUGUCGCUGGAUUUUGAGGGCGACCUCCGUGACCCUGCCCGCCACCAUCCGGCCUGUUUCUGCUUGGGUAAUGGGUGCUCCGUGCGCCUCAGCAGCGAGCGCUUCCGCUGCCCGGAACCCAUCUUCCAGCCGGCUCUGCUAGGCCAGGCUGUGCCGGGACUGCCCACGCUGGCCUUUCGGGCACUACAGAAGGUGCCCACAACUCUGCGGGGACGGCUGGCCAACACGGUGGUGCUGGCUGGUGGUUCCACGCUUUUCCCUGGCUUCGCUGAGCGCCUGGACCAGGAGCUGGAGGCGCAGUGCAGGAGGCACGGGUACCCGGCCCUACAGCCCCGCCUGGUGGCCAAGCCCGGGCGUGGCCAAGCUGUGUGGACUGGAGGCUCCAUGGUGGCCUCCUUGCACUCAUUCCAACGCGGCUGGAUGACCCGGGCCAUGUACCAAGAGUGUGGUUCCAGGCUGGUGCACGAAGUGUUCAACUGAGUCAGAGGACAGAGGCAAUGGUGCCACAAGGGGGGUUGGCAGGCACCGAGGCUUCAGGCUGAGCUGCAGCUCUACCAGAGUGUCCAGUACCAGAUAAAAGUCUGAAGUGUUUGCAGCUGACAGGCUCCUCAUGUGAGGAUGGGCCACCCAUUCCUUUCUGGGCUAGGAGGAAGUGGUUGGGGCCCACUGGGCCCUCGUUUUGACGUGCAUGUUGGAAUUCCCCAAACCUCUGCUACUGGACAGAAUCCACUCCAGCUGACCACUCAGGAGGCCUGGGC